CUUUUAUUAUGGCAGGAUGGCACAAAAAAUGUUGUGUCAUCAAGUGAACUUUUUGUUUUGUAAUACAUUGAAGAAAGGAACUAAAGUGAACAUGUUUUACGAAAUGAAACGGUACGGUAGAAAAUUGAUUCUAACGGAGUGCGAUAUUAAUAUACUGAGUGAAAAGAAAAAAGUUUAUGAAAAUAUGGCUAGUGACGCUAGAAGACCCCUAACACAACAAGACCUCGAGGCUAUAAUACAGGAUUUUUCCAAUUUUGAGUCAGAUGAUAACUCGGAUAUUUCGAACAACACAAAUCUAGACCAAAGGCCGUCUAUCUCUGGUGGUGGUGCACCUUUUGCGAACGAAAAAAUGACAGAACAUCAAGAGUCAUGUGCAAAAAGUGCAAGACGUUCAUAUGUCUGAACCACCAAACGAAAGUCUGCCCUGAGUGCAUUAUCUGAGCAAAGAGAUCUACAGACAUAUUUGAUUAGCGUUCAAAUAUCACAUAAAAACCGUUUAUAUUUUUGGACAUAAAAGUUUUUAGUAAAC